AUGCAUCCGGCGAAAAAAAGAAAGUUGCAUCAACCUGGUGGAUUUCUCAAUAAACCUUUUCGCUCACCGCUUCGCCCAACUAACACUCAACCUCAGCCAUCUGCUCAAGGAGCCCAUACCCAGGUUCCUGCUGCGGCACUUCUCUCCGAUUGUCAACGAUUAUCCCCAGACAUAAAACCAGACAUUCGACCAAACUCUCGGAUCACCACCACCCAGCAAAGCUCUUCUCUACUGUCCCCUGACGAGUCCGCGCUGAGAGAUCUCCAGAAGCAGUACACUACAUUGUCCAAUAGGCUCACUCAUCUGCGUCAGUCUCUUCAGACGGCAGAACACGCUCUUCAGAUCGAGGGAUCAAAGCAGAAUGCUGAAGUGCAGUCUCUGGUUUCCCGUUGGCGGACCAUCGCCCAAGAUGCUGCAGAUGAACUUUUCGCUGAUGCCAAACAGAGGGUUGACAUGAUGGGAGGCGUUGUUCAGUGGCGACGACAGCUUGAGGAGGACUCGCGACUGUGGAACAAUGCUGAGAGCGAGGCGUUUGCUCCGAAAUCUGCGGGCGAAGUGGAGGACGACCACGGCAAAAGAGAGACAGAGGAGGCCGACCAUGCAAACACUAUGGAUGCUGAGAGCAAUAUUGAAUGUUCGGAAACUUGUUUCUUCACCAUGGAGAUGAUGCUCAACCAAAUGAACGUUGAUCUACAAUUAAUCGGCUUUGACAAGAACCAGGAAUGCUGGAUAUGA